CUGCAAGCUGCUUGUUCAGAAGGUGACGAGCAGGUAGUUAAGAUGCUGUUAGACGAAGGUGCCAACGUUAACGCGCAGGGAGGUCCCUUUGGCAACGCACUGCAGGCAGCUUCUGCGGAAGGGCGUGUGCAAGUAGUCGAGAUGCUGCUUAAAGGCGCUAACACGAAUGCGAAAGGCGGUAUGUAUAGCAACGCACUGUACGCAGCAUCAGAAGAGGGCCAUGAGCAGGUAGUCAAGAUGCUACUUGACAAAGGCGCCGACGCUAACGCACAGGGCGGAGAGUGCGGUAACGCACUGCGGGUUGCUUCAGCUAGAGGACUGGAACCGAUAGUCAAGAUGCUGUUAGACGCAGGUGCCGAGAUCAACACGCAAGGAGGUCGCGUGGCCGUAGGCACGUCUCCAGUAGAGCCAUCUUCUUCUCCGCUCUGA